UCCGUGCGGUGCGGGUGCGGCUCGCUCGACUUGGCGUCGUUGGAGUCCACCUGACCUCCUGUCCUCCACCGCCCGCUUCCCCUCGCCUCGGUCGUCUCGGCUUCGUCUACUCGUCUCGUCUCGAGUCCCCGACUCGGAAAGUCCAAAGCCCCAAUCUUUCCGUUCCUCCCCCUCCUCCUCCCGGAUCGGAACAGGAGAGCGGGAGCUCCGAUUCGGUAGCUUCCCCCGUCGAUUCUCCCCGCCGUAAGCGCGAUCCCCCCAUUUCCACCUCUUUUAUUUCUUUCCGUUCUUGCUCGAUCCGGUUCUUGGAAACUAGGGUUCUUGGGGGUUGGGAUUGGGAUUGGGGUUGGUUUCUUUGCAUUUCGGGGGGGGGGGGGGGGGGGUUCCGAUUGACCGAAUCGAGGUUUGUUCGCAGGAUUUUUGCCCUAGCCCUGGCUGACGCCGCUGCUGCUGGGCUGGGGGGCGCCGCCAAUCGUUCGCGAUGUCGUGGGGGCGAUUCCACCGCGCGCCGUUCCCGUCGGGGAUCCCGGCGAUGACGAGGUGCUCCAGGCACCAGCCCCCCGCGCCGCCCACCGUGGUGGUGAUCGAUGAAGACGACGACGACCUAGGCGACGGCCCCUCCGAUGAGGAGGUCUUCAUAAUCGAUGGUGAUGCGGCGAAAGGCCGCGCGUCUUCUGGGUGCAAGACUAAGAGAGGGAACAGCUCGUGUAGUAAUGUGAUUAACUUAGAUGAUGAUGAUGAGGAGGAGGAGGAGGGUGGUGGUGGUGAUAGGGCAGGACCCAGCUCUGCCGGUGCUGCCGCUGGUUCUCCAGCAGUGACGACGCCCGGCCGUGUCUCCCCGAGAAACAGAUAUGGACUGGAUUAUGUUUCUGACAGUUAUGAGAGUGAUUCGUCUGAAGGACACUCCGACGGAGAUGAUGGCUCGGAUUGUGAGAUUCUUGAUGACGCCUCUGGGUCAGCUCGCAAACAGUGGGAGAAGGCUGCUUCGAGGAAAAGCAUGCCUCAAGGUUUCCGGAAGAGUACAUCCACAUCAAGUGCCGAGUCAAGUACACAGCCAGAUGAAAGUGAGGAGAAUGAUGCAGAAUGCGAUAUAAAUGAGUACAUCAGGAAGUAUUUUAGUGAAGAUGUAUUGAAGAAAGGUGGACCAAUCAGUACAAGCGGUGCAAAUGCUAAACCUUCAGUUCCAGAUGCCCAUGAUUGUUCAAAGGGCAAUGCUUCCAAUGCAAAUGAAGCUGAAGACUGCAAUGCCACCUCCAGAAUUGAUCCUGACCCAGCUUGUAAUGACGAAGCAACUCAUUCCCAAAAUGGUUCUGUGCCUGAAAAAACUGCAGAAAGAAGUCAAUCUCCACACAUAGAUGAAACCUUUGAACCUGAACAAUGUACAGACUACAGCUUUGUCUCUGCCAACAGGGUUUUUCCUGCAUGCUCCUCAGCAAAUUGGAAGGAUCAAAGUCCUACAUUUGUCAGUACUCCUGAAAAGCUGGAUGAAAAGUUAUCUGAUGGCACAUAUGCACGGAAGGAUGAAACACUAAUAGAUGCUCACAAUAAAAGUACCACAAAGAACAAAGAGAUGUGUCCUGAACCAGAUAAUGGUUCUCUCGAUGGUCGACUAACAGAAGAUCCACCUCUUUCUAGCAGAUGCGACUGCUCAAAGCAAUCCGAGAAAAAAUCGGCACAUUUAGAUGCAAACUGUUGUGCAUCUGCUGCUUCCUCCAAUAAGAAUCCUUCUGCAAAUGUCAUAUUGGGAGGUUGCAUGCCACCUCAGAAGGAUUUAGUUGAUGGUCCAGAAAAAUCAGGCCAACCUGCCGUGGCUCAGGUUGCUGCAGACAUUCAGGAUGGUCUAAUCGGUGCACGUGAAAAGCACAAAGAAUCCGAUGAGUACAAACGGGCACAGGAGGAGGAGUGGGCAUCCAGACAGCGUCAACUGCGAAUACAGGCUGAGGAGGCACAGAGGUUGCGAAAAAGAAAAAAGGCUGAAGCAAUGCGAUUACUUGACAUGGAGAAGAGACAAAAACAAAGAUUAGAAGAAGUCCGUGAAUCACAGCGAAAGAAUGAAGCGGAUAUACAACUAAAAGAAAAAUACCGAGGGGUGGUGAGAUUGGAGCUCGAAAGUAUGGAAAGAAGAUACAUUGAUAUGGCUUCUAUAUUGCGUGCAUUAGGCAUUGCUGCUGAAGGUGGUGAGGUUAAAGCUGCUUACAAGCAAGCUCUUUUGAAAUUCCAUCCGGACAGAGUAUCAAGAAGUGAUAUGUAUCAACAGGUCAAAGCAGAGGAGACAUUCAAGUUCAUUUCACGCCUGAAAGAGAAGAUGCUUCGAGUUUAAUACUAGCAUAUCCCUGUUCAGUUAAAUACAACCUCUGACCAAUAUCUUUAUGUUAAAGUUGUGGCUAGAUUAAUUUAUUCAUAGGCUGAGUUCUCAUCAGCCGGCACAUAGUUCCACAGUUCUGAAUGCCAUUCUUAGAAGACUAAUGCUUAGCAUUCGUUAUCCUCUCUUGAGAAUUUUUAGUGGUAGGGGAGUCAGCAGUGACAGUGAGCUUGGGCGCCUUGGUAUAUUUCUUGGUUUUUGUAAUGGGUAAAAUGUUUGUAUAGGAGUGACGGCAGAAGAUCAUUAUAUACAAGAUGAUCUCCCAUUAUUUAACUGAGAAUGUCACGCCUUAUUUUCUUUGUAAA